AAAUAAGUGACAGCAACUGCAAUUGACCUUUCGCUCAUGCUCCAAAGAAAGCGGACAGGAAGUGGUAAAGCAUCGCGGAGAGAAUAAUACAGUCCAGAGUUUUUAAAAGACGGCCUGCACUCCAGAAUGGACCGCUACAGGUAUUUUACCUUCAACCAGAAGAUUGUGGUUGUAUGGGGCAUCCUUCAGGUGGCUUGUGCCGGACUUUGUGUGGUAUGCGGAUUUUUGGACGCAGUUUUCCGCAAGAGUACCACACUGAGUAAAACAAGGGCCCCUCUAUGGGCUGGAAUGAUCAUGGCUAUUCCUGGCGUGCUUGCGCUUUUUGCCUCCCAAAAGAAAAAUCCAGUCCUGGUGAAUGCCAUGAUCGUGUCCUCUGUGGUGUCCCACGCUGCAACAGUGAUUGUAUUUGUGUAUGCUGGUGUGACGCUCAACUAUGGGGAGGAGGAUGAUGAACUCUUCCAGCCCCAUUACAUCCCUGAAGUGAAGUUCGUGUUGAGCCGCAUGGUGAAGGCGGCUAACAGCACCAUGGUGCUAGCUGGAGUCGGCUCACUGAUGUUCUCCUCCUUCAUCACACUUGUGGGCUGCCGCAGUCUUCCUCUCUGUGGCUGCUAUGACGCAGCCACUGGUAUGGAAGCUCUCUUUCCUCAGAGUGACCAGACUGCUUCAGCUGAUCUUGUCUGCUCCUGGCAUGGAGGAGAGGAGCGUAUGUUUAACUCGCUAUCAUCAUCAUUCAAGGAGCACUGCCCUGAGCAGGACCAGGACAAGGGUUUUGCACUUCCUCCUUAUAGCAGACUGUCUUAAGAACUAUAAUCUGCGCUCCUGGGAAGAAUUACCAUUUGUUAUUUUCUGUUUGGUUUGUAAAGACAUACUUUCCCUAAGGGACCCUAUGCAGAUCCACAUGAUCCCUGAGAGUAAGAGAAAUGUCACUUACAUUUUUCUGGGGUUUUAUUUUUUACACUGCAGUCUACUUCCUGAUUCAUUUGAUUUGUUUUGACUUGUUCCUUUUUACAGACUAUGGUGUAUAUAGAUUUGCUUGUUAAUGCUUUUAAUGUAACUAAUUUAUACAGCAUCGGUACUGUGUGUAUAUACUUUUGAAAUAAACAAUUUUGCUUUUA